UCACUUUCCUCUUCUAUCUAUGCAACCUCUUUGCUAUGAUCUCCCUCUAUAAUAAGACAACAGACCUUUGCUUCUAUUGUGCCACACUCUCGCCCUCUUUACAUAUCUAAUUGACAAAUAGUUUUGGCCUGAACCAGAGCAAGAAAAUUAGUGGCAUUAGUUAGUACAAUGAGUGAUAGUACUACCCUCCCAGAAACUCAGGGAAAUUUGACCCUCCCAGAUGCAUGGGACUACAGAGGCUGCCCAGCUGAGCGGUCAAAAACUGGCGGCUGGACGGCUGCCGCCAUGAUUCUAGGUGGAGAGGCAUGUGAGAGGCUAACAACCCUAGGAAUUGCUGUGAACUUGGUGAAUUAUUUGACGGGUACCAUGCAUUUGGGCAACGCUACCUCGGCCAAUACCGUCACCAAUUUUCUUGGCACUUCCUUUAUGCUCUGCUUGCUCGGCGGUUUUGUGGCAGACACCUUUCUUGGCAGGUACCUAACGAUAGCAAUAUUUGCCACCAUUCAAGCAACCGGUGUGACAGUAUUGACCAUCUCAACCAUAGUCCCCAGCCUCCGACCCCCCAAAUGCACCGACGGCACUGACCUGCCAUGUAUCACUGCAAGUGGGAAGCAGCUGACGGUCCUAUACAUAGCUCUGUAUCUUACCGCCCUCGGCACCGGAGGCCUAAAAUCCGGCGUUUCAGGCUUUGGCUCUGACCAGUUCGACGAUUCCGACAAACAAGAAAGAAAACAAAUGACAAACUUCUUUAACUGGUUCUUCUUCUUCAUAAGCAUAGGCUCACUCGCUGCAGUGACGGUUCUUGUCUACAUCGAAGACAACUUGGGGAGGCAAUGGGGAUAUGGAAUCUGUGUAUGUGCAAUUGUUCUUGGCCUCAUUGUGUUCUUGUCAGGCACAAGACAGUACCGUUUCAAGAAACUUGUUGGCAGCCCUCUGACGCAGACUGCGGCUGUGUUUGUGGCGGCAUGGAAGAAGAGGAACAUGGAACUGCCAACGGACUUGACGUUGCUAUACAACGUUGAUGACAUAGAUGAUGGAAAGAAGAACAAGAAGCAGGAGUUGCCUCAUAGCUACCAGUUCCGUUUCUUGGAUAAGGCAGCAAUCAAGGACCCAAAAACUGAAGGUGGUAAAACUGCGAUCGUAAACAAGUGGAGUUUAUCAACCCUAACCGAUGUUGAAGAAGUAAAAAUGAUCAUCAGAAUGCUACCAAUCUGGGCCACUACCAUCAUGUUUUGGACAAUUUAUGCCCAAAUGACCACAUUCUCAGUGUCCCAAGCAACCACCAUGAACCGCCACAUCGGAAAAUCGUUCCGAAUUCCGCCGGCAUCCCUCACUGCUUUCUUUGUAGGCAGCAUUCUGUUAACUGUCCCGGUUUACGACCGGAUUAUAGUCCCAGUUGCAAGAAACUUACUAAAAAACCCUCAAGGACUAACCCCAUUGCAGCGCAUAGGGGUUGGUUUGGUAUUCUCAAUAUUUUCCAUGGUUGCAGCAGCACUCACAGAAGUCAAGCGUAUGAAUGCUGCAAGAGCACAUGGUUUGACAGGCAAUCCAAAGGCUGAGAUCCCACUGAGUGUUUUCUGGCUGGUCCCACAGUUCUUCUUUGUGGGGUCAGGAGAAGCCUUCGUGUACAUUGGGCAGCUGGACUUCUUCCUCAGGGAGUGCCCGAAAGGAAUGAAGACUAUGAGCACAGGGCUGUUUCUGAGCACCCUCUCAUUAGGGUUUUUCGUGAGCUCACUGUUGGUGAGUUUAGUGCACAAGGUGACAGGGGACAGGAAACCAUGGUUUGCAAACAAUAUCAACCGAGGAAAGCUUUAUGAUUUCUAUUGGCUUUUAGCGCUUUUGAGUGCUUUGAAUUUGGUGGUCUAUUUGUUUUGUGCCAAUUGGUAUGUCUACAAGGACAAGAGGCUUGCUGAGGAGGGCAUAGAAUUGGAGGAAGUAGAGACUUGUGUGCAUUAAUAAUGCAUAUUUUUCAAUUACUUCCCUAUCUUGUGUCUUUGUUUUUUUUUUCGUUUUUUUUUUCUUUUCUUACAUAAGCUUGUACAAAAGAUAAGAAAUGAAGAAUCAUUAAAGGUAGCUAAUGAUCUGCUCCACUUG